UUGAACUCAUCAAACAAUCUGCCGUGACGGUCGGUAAACAGCUGACUAAGCAUUUCUGCUGUGAAAACACACUGAAAGUGCAAACACGGUUCUUCCUGCUGAGCUGCGGUGCUACAGGUAGCGUUGUUUUAUUCCGCAGCAGCUUUUCGGCGUUUUACGACCAGAUUUGUGAUCCCAGCUGCAGACAAAAUGUCCCUCCGCUACCUCAACAAAGUUGCUGUUGUCACUGGAGGAUCCAAGGGGAUCGGCAGAGGGAUUGUCAGAGUGUUUGUGGAAAAUGGUGCCAAAGUGGUGUUUUGUGCAAGAGGAGGUGCAGCAGGUGAAGCUUUAGAGGCGGAGCUGAACAAAACGGGACCAGGCUCAUGCAAGUUUAUCACCUGUGACAUCUCCAAGGAGGAAGACAUCAAGCGGCUGAUCGACGCCACAGUGGACCUUCAUGGACACGUCGACUGUCUGGUUAACAACGCAGGCUGGCAUCCUCCUCAUAAACCGACUGACGACACCACAGCAGAGGAGUUCAGAGAGCUGCUCAAUCUGAACCUCAUCAGCUACUUCUUGGCAUCGAAAUACGCGUUACCGUCUCUACGACAGCAACAAGGAAACAUCAUCAACGUUUCCAGUCUGGUGGGAACCAUCGGUCAGAAAGAUGCUGCUCCAUACGUCGCCACCAAGGGGGCGAUAAUCUCCAUGACAAAGGCGAUGGCUGUGGACGAGAGUCGCUACAAUGUGAGAGUGAACUGCAUCUCUCCGGGUAAUGUCAUGACGCCUCUGUGGGAAGAGUUAGCAGGACAGACUCCAGAUGCUGCAGCUGCCAUUAAAAUGGGAGAAAACGCUCAGCUGAUGGGUCGGAUGGGGACGGAGGCCGAGUGUGGACUGGCUGCCCUGUUCCUCGCCGCCGAGGCCACGUUCUGCACCGGCAUCGACCUGCUGCUCAGUGGAGGAGCUGAACUCAACUAUGGAUUCAAGAGUCAGAUCCCCUCCUGACUGUCCUGACCUCCUCAUCUUCCUCCUCCUCAUGGCUGUGGCGCUGCUGGUUAAUGCAGAUUAACACACAAAACAGGUUUAACUAGAGGAAGGGGUUCUACUCCCAAAUAGUACUAAUAAAGUGCCAUUUUAUUCAUUCAGUUGUGCAGAUUGCCUGCUGGAGGAAGACUUUUGCAUUUGCAGUAACGCGACCUGUACCCGCCCCACUGAUGGACCAAUCAGCAUCCAGCUCUGUGACCUGUAAUAACCUCCCUCCUGCUCCUCCAAUCACACGUUUGUUGUUUUUGUCACGCCUCCACGUACUUCCUCAUUGAGACUGUGCCGCUAAAUAAAACCGACCAAUAUAUCUACA